AUGGAUGAAGAAGACUCUGUUGGUGCGAACAAAUGCCCGGUCUGUGGAAGCGACCCUCGAACACACCCCGGGCUUCGGUUCAAGAUCAACACAAAGUGUUACCAUCGAAUAUGUGAAGGAUGUGUCGACCGACAUUUCUCCAGUGGCAAAGCAGAAUGUCCGGUUGGAGGCUGUCACGUUAGUCUCUGGAAACGAGAAUGGCGGACGCAGACGUUCGAAGACCUGAAGAUCGAACGCGAAGUCGAGAUCCGCAGACGAGUCACAAAGAUUCUGGACCGCCGGGAAGAAGAAUUUGAGACCAAACGCGACUACGACGACUUCCUAGAAUUGCGAGAAGAGUUGGUCAUGAACCUCGUAUUUCGGACUGAUGUGGCUGCCACGAACCGCAAACUCAAGGAAUACGCACAGGCGAACGGGAUCAAGACAGACCCAACGGAUGGGCCAGAACCAGGAGCAAAGGCUCCAAGACGGAAAGACAUGGCCCCUGACGCUGCCGACCAAAGCGGAUUGAUCAAGGGACUGAAGAGGAUUGUCAUUCCCGAAGCAAAGGCACCCUAUGACCCGUUCAUGGGUAUGCCUCGUACAAGGGAGUACUACGAAGUCAAAGAAAGCUACAUUACCAGGGUGAGAGGCAAACCAGCCGAGGCCAUGCUGGCUGGAGGAUAUGAUUUCGCACAGUACAUGGAUGAAUCUCUGCUGCGGGCCUUUGCAGGGCUCGGAGUGUUUAUUGAGGACGAGAUGUCCGCAAGAGACAACACAGCUAUCCCCGUGCCGGGGCCAACAUGA